CCUGCUGCUACGAGCGCACCGCUGCGCCUGCAUGAGCUACACUACCGACGAGGGCAACCUCUUCCAGUCGGACGCCCAGCACCAGCAAUCCGCAGAGCGAGCAGCCCGAGCGCACCUCCUCGCCGACCGCGGCAACCCGAUCAAGCUCGCGAGCAAGCCCCUGCGCGUCGUCGUCCGCGACUCCAAGGCCUCGGACGAGCCCGACGCCUGGGUCGCCGAGAGCGGCUUUGUCGUGCGCCGCGUCGGCCUCGAGUCGGGCAAGACCAAGCAGCUGUACCGAGGGCACGGUGGACCCGUCACGUCGCUCGCGUUCCAUUCGAGCCAGGGCCGCGAGCUCGUCAUCAGCGGGUCUUGGGACAAGAGCUUCCGUGUGUGGGACGUCAAGACCAAGACGCUUCUGUCGACCACGGUCGGCCACAUCGACUUUGUCAAGACGCUUCUCGUCCUCCCCUCGCUCAACCUUCUCGUCACGGGCUCGUCCGACAAGGACAUUCGCCUGUGGGACCUUUCGCUGCUCGACAACCUCGACAUCUAUGCGCUCGCCUCUGCGCCCGUCGCCUCGACGUCGACCGCGCCCGAUGUCGCGCCACCUCAGCAGACGGGCGCCGCCCCACCGCCUGCCGUCGCCCUGCGCCCGCUCCCGUGCGUGUUGGCGCUCAAGGGCCACGUGCGACCGAUCGAGCAGCUCGCGGCGUACCCGGUCCUGCGGCCACUCCCGCCCGGCUUGAGCGAGGACGAGGCCGACGAGCACCCGCGCGAGGAGACGGGCACGGUCGCGCUCGUGUCGGCCGACAGCAUGGGCGCGCUCAAGGUGUGGGAGCUGUCGAGGACGGCCGAGGGAGCGGUCAAGGGCGAGCUGCGGUGCGAGGCGAGGGAGCACGAGCUGGGCGUGUACGACAUGUCGCUCGGCGAGGCUGGGCUGUGGACCGCCUCGGCCGACAACUCGGUCCUCCUCUCCUCCCUCGACCGCUCGUCCCCCUCGACCCCGCCCACCCCGAUCCUGCGCAUCCCGCACCCCGCGCAGACACGCUCCCUCCUCCCGCUCUCGCACACAUCGGCCGCCUGCACCCUCUCACUCGUACGCGGCGUCCCGCCGCCGCCGUUCCUCGUCACGGGCGCGUCCGACGAGCUCGUGCGCGUGUGGGACCUCGACUGCUCGGCGCUCGACCCGUCGGCGUCGCGCGAGGCGCAGCGCGCCUGGCGAGGCGUGCCCGUCGCUCCCGGCACCAAGCUCGACGGAUGCGUGCGCGCGAUCGAGGGCCACGCGCACGAGGUGGUGCAGCUGUGCACGUACGCCGACCGGGCGGGCGAGCUGUGGGUCCUGAGCGCGAGCCUCGACGCGACGCUGCGGCGAUGGAAGUGGAGCGAGAUGCGCGACGCGCCGGGCGAGCGGCUCGUACUCGUGCCCGUCGAGGAGGAGGAGCAGCAGGCAGGCGCGGAGGAGAAGGAGAGCCUCCUGACCGAGGAGGAGGAGCGCGAGCUGGCAGAGCUCAUGGGCGACGAUGACUAGAGCGUGCAACGCGGGUCGUACACGCACUUG